CUUUCACCUCAGAUAUCAUUCACAGAUGUUCUAUUUUAAUUUCUAUUCUAUUUUAAAAUCAGUCCGAUAGAUACUCAUGUCCAGAGUAUGUCGAAGAUCGUGCAGCUGCUCGAAUAUUAAUAAGUGAUUUGCUGAAGAAUGCAAAUUUUAUAGUUACAAUAACGUCGUUACUAAAGAGUGAGAGAGCGUAUAAUUUAAGAGAAAUCUGUUUAGUUAAGGUCCAAGAAAAUCUACAAUACAAUCGACUGAAGUUGCUUUCCUGCUUCAAGUAGAGUUCGAAAAAGCGAUAGUCACACCUAAAUACCUAAAAAACGAAAGCCCAAAUCUGUGUAUACCAUCCAUUUUUAAGGGCACAUGGAUAAUAAUUAAAUACAAAAUUGCAGAGGUGUUUUUGUUAUUUUAAUUAUUCAGCAUGGGAGUUGCUGAAGAAUUUGCUCCCAGCUUCGUGAAGAAGCCACAACUUCGACAAGAAGAUGAUGGCAAUCGGUUAAUUUUUGAAUGUCAAUUGCUGUCGUCACCCAAGCCUGACAUUGAGUGGUACCGCAGUGACAAUUUGUUAACAGAAAAUGAAAGAACCAAAUUUAAAACACAACCAAUUGCUGAUAACAAAUUCACAGUUAUAUUAGAACUCGAUGAUGUCAUUGAAGCGGACGCUGGACUAUACAAAGUUAAAGCAAAAAAUAAAUCAGGGGAAGUUUCAGCAUCAAUCAACUUAAAUUUCAGACUUGGCAAAUUUGCUGUCAGCGAUUCUGAUCGACAAAUCGACGGUUUCGCGCCGACAUUCGCGAAAAAGCCCGCAAUCCGACAGGAAGACGAUGGAAAACGUCUGCUCUUCGAAUGUCGGGUCAAUGCAGAUCCCAUACCAACCAUUAGCUGGUUUCACAAUGGAAAUCCCGUUAAGGAAUCGCCAAGGCAUAAAAUGACAAUACAGAAAGAUGUAAAUUCAUACUUUGCUUCCUUAGAAAUAAAAAAUGUCACUGUUGAAGAUGCUGGAAAGUAUAAAGUAAAUGCUAAAAAUGAGCUCGGAGAAAGCAAUGCCACCAUAAGCCUGAACUUCGACAGCGAUGAAGCACCGGUGCCUGACGACGGCAUUAAACCGACAUUUACUGAACGCCCAGUUAUACGCCAAAGUGAGGACGGGGGCAAUGUAACGUUUGAAUGCAGAUGUGUCGGAGAUCCAAAACCAAGUGUCACGUGGUUUCACGGUCAGGAGGAACUCAAGGAAGGUGGCAGAUAUACAAUGUCUCUAUCUUUGGAUCAAAAACUAUAUCACAUGGCGCGUUUAGAGAUCAGUAGUGUUAUUUCAAGUGAUCAAGGAGAAUAUCGCGCGCGUGCAAGAAAUCAGCACGGCGAAGGCGUGGCUACAAUCAACCUUAACUUUGAAAGCGGCUCAAAAAAAAUUCCGGAUGGUAAAUCGCCGCGUUUUCCAAAAAAGCCAACCAUUCGACAAGAGGAAGAUAUAUUAAUAAUGGAAUGUAUAUUAGAGGCACAUCCGGUUCCAGACAUAACAUGGCAUUGUGCCGAUAACAAAAUUGAAGAUUCAAAGCGUACAAAGAUGUCAAGAAGGGCUAUUUCUAAGGACACAUAUGUGUUAACAUUGGAGAUCCAAAACCCCACCAAGGAGGAUGGUGGCAAUUAUCGCUGCAAUGCCGUCAAUGUGUAUGGUGAAAGCAAUGCGAAUAUAGCACUCAAUUUUCAAGGUACCAAUGAUAAUGGUUUUGCGCCAUCAUUCAUCGAGAAACCUCGAAUUAUACCAAACGAUUCGGGUACGCUGAUUACUAUGAAAUGCAGAUGUAAAGCGAAACCUGAGCCCACAGUUAGUUGGUAUAGAGGUACACAAUCGGUUACCGAAAGUAAAAAAAUCAAAAUCAAAUCGACCCUAAUUGCGGAAGACACAUUCGAACUGACUUUAGAGAUAAAGGAUCCUGGUGCAGCUGACGGCGGUACUUAUCGUUGUAAUGUUCAAAAUGAGUAUGGAGAGUCCAACGCAAAUCUUAAUUUGAAUAUCGAGGCUGAACCAGAACCGGAAGGUGAAGGUCCCACGUUUGUGGAGAAACCACGCAUAAUAUCUGAGAAUAAGGGAAAACUGGUAAUCAUGGAAUGUAAGGUUAAGGCCGAUCCAAAACCAGAUAUAAUUUGGUACCGUAACGGUCAAGUUAUUAAAGAGAGUAGUAAAAUAAAAAUGUUUAUGGAGCGACGUGGUGAUCAGUACUACAUUAAGUUGGAACUCAUUGAUCCACAACUCGAAGAUUCUGGCCUCUAUAAAUGCAAUAUCAAAAAUACCUUGGGUGAACUAAAUGCUAACUUGACAUUAAAUAUUGAAAUCGUUCCAGUUAUUAAAGAUAAACCCAAAAUUAUAAAAAUCAUUAAAAAACGUACUGUAGUCAUUGAAUGCACGGUAGCGUCCAAAUUUGAACCAAAAUGUACAUGGUACAAGGAAGAAACAGCAGUCAAAGAAAGUCAACGCCACGUUUACCGUGUCGAACAAACCAAAGAAGGCGAGUUCGCCGUAAAGCUGGAAAUAAAUGAAGUGAAGGAAACUGACAAGGGCUCUUACAAACUCAUUGCAAGCAAUAAGAAGGGCGAGGCAGUUUCACAAAUAGUGGAACUUAUAGACAUACCAGAAGAGGAACGUAAACCAACUGAACCAGAGCUAGUUAAAAAGCUUUCUGAUCAGACUGUAACCGAGUCGAAAACAUUCGAAUUACAUGUCACAUUGAAGCAGAGUGAUCGCAAAUGCAAAGUUGAAUGGUACAAGGGAAGCAUAUUGAUCCGUGAAACGAAAGAAAUUACAACCACAUUUGAUGGUACACAUGCGAGGUUAACAUUCAGCUCAGCACGACAAGAGCAUACUAGCAAUUACAAGGUAGUCAUCUUCAAUGAGAGUGGAAAGACAGAAUCAACUUGUAAGAUCACCGUCGUUAAGAAGGACGCAAAGAAAAAAGACACAAAGCAGGAAGCAGAGGAGAAAAUAAAGAAGGAGGAUGAGGAGAAGGAAGCUGAGAAGUCAGAAGAAAAACAAGAAAAGAAAGAACUAGAAACGAAGGAACCAGAAAAGAUUAAAACUGUAGAAGAAAAGAAGCUGAAAGAAGUUGAAAAGAAGAGUAUCGAAGAAGUUGAGAAAAUUGAGGAGAAAAAGAGUGUUACAAAAGAUGAGCAGAUUGUUGAAAAACAAAAGAAACCCAUUGAGCCGAAAAAGCCAAAAGAACCUGUAACCGAUAAGAAAGGAGACGAAGUCCAAAAAGAUCCAAAAGAAAAAUCAACCAAAGUUUUUGAAAAUCAAGAAAAAGAUAAAAAACUAAAAGAUAAACAAGAGGGACAACCUGAAAUAACUUCUGUAAGAAAAACUGAUCGCAAGGCUAGUAUACAAGAAGAACGCAAAUCAGAAGUUCGUAGGAAGUCUGUAAUCAAAACACAGGAAACAACCAUUAUAGACGGAGAAAAAGUCUCAUCACGACGUUCAUCGGCUGUGCAAAUUGAAGAGUCCAGUAAGGAAUCACGUAGAUCGUCUAUUAUGGAAAAGACGGAACUUGAGAUACCUGAAAACAAGAAAAUAGAGGCGAAUAAGAAUCCACAGCAAAUUAAAGAGGAAAUUCCGACGCUUAAACCCGCUGAAAAACGACAAAUAUCUAAGCAAAUACAACCGGAAAAGGCUGUUGUAGAAGAGCUGCCAAAAUUACGUAAAACAUCUGUUACUGCACCUAAAGAAGAACCAAAGCCAGAACCGGCUAAACCUAAAGCCAAGGCUAAGAGCAAAGCUAAACCGAAAUAUGAAGAAUUACCGGAAAUACCAGACUAUGAAAGGCCAGUACUGGAAAAAUAUGAGAAAUCAGAAUUCGCGGCAAGUGAUUUUAGUCGCGAACUUGAUAUACCUUCAAAAAUGGAGAAACUAGUAUUAGAUUCAGAGAAAAAAGAACCGGAAAAGGCUGUUUUGAAAAAUGGACCACCGAAGAAAGAAAUUGCCGAUGAAGGACCACCGGAACAGCCCAAUGGCUUCAAAGUGGGUAAAGGCAAGAUACCAGAAGACUCCACUGAUGUUGAUUCAGCAAACUUGCGUCCCGUUAUUAUUGAGCCAGAGGCUAAAAAACCACCUGAACCUGCUGCCCCUGUUGAGGGUAAGCAAUCGCUCAAGGAGCUCAUUCAGCAACGUCGUCGUUCUUCAGUUAGAAAUCUUCCGACCAAAGAGUCCAUUGAAAAAGAAAACUUUUUGGGAGUAGUUUUGAAACCUGUAAUAAAAGAUCCAAAAGAUGAAGAAGGUCCACAGCAAGCACAACAGCUGUUAAAGGAAACAAUGAAAGAAGGUAAACUGAUGGUAGCACCCGAUAAAGCGAAAGUUCAUUCUUUGAAAAAACCAGAAUGUUUACCAACAAUUGUGGAUAACUAUGAAGGUCCCGACUUAGAGGUCUAUGAAAAAAUUGAAUUUGAAAGGCAACAAAAGGAUAAACCUGAAACAAAAAUAACUGCUAAAAAGGUUAUACCUGAAGUCCAAGCGCCAGCAGAAGAUUCAGUAAAGGAUGAUAAACCAAAGGUGCCAAAAAUACAGUCGCCUCCAUCGGGAGAUCCGCCCAAGAUAGAAGUUGUGCGUGAAAAACGGCCUUCACUUGCGCCAGAGCCAGCGAGCCGCCGUGGAUCGUUAGUGCCACCUGAAAUGGGACGUCGUCCAUCGCUCAUAAUAAAUGAUGAGAAGAAACUGCGACCCGGUGAAGUUGCGGACAAUAGGUUGUUGAGACCAGGCGAAGUUGGCGAAGGACAGAAAAAGAAUCAACGUCCUGGCGAAGUUGGUGACACUAAACAGCGUCGUAGAACGUCCAUUGAUGUACGUCGGCCCAGUGUGCAAGAUCUUGAAGAUUUAAUUAACAAACCAUCGACACCAUUGCGUGAAGUCGGUGAUGGUGGUCCACCACAAAUUAUUGAUGUACAGGAGUCAUAUUCAGUUGUAGAAGACUCGACGGCUUAUAUGACAGUGGGCGUGGAAGGUAAUCCAGCGCCAACAUUUAGAUUCUACAAAGGUGUCAGCGAAAUCAUUGAAGGUGGCCGUUUUAAGUUCCUUACCGAUGGUCAAAGCAAUACGAUUACACUCUGUAUGCGCAAGUGUAAGCCCAAUGAUGAGGGCAAAUAUAAAGUUGUUGUGUCAAAUAUACACGGCGAAGAUUCAGCCGAAAUGCAAUUGUAUGUAUCCGAUUCGAGUGGUAUGGAUUUCCGUGCCAUGCUAAAAAAACGUCGUUAUCAAAAAUGGGACAAAGAAGAAGAAGAUCCCAAUUGGGGUGAAUUAAAACAAACUGAAAAACCAUUGCCGACACUCAAAAAAGUAGAGAGGGCAACACGCUCACGUAGACCGUCCUUAGCAGAAUUGAUACCCGAUUGGCCAACAUUGCACCCAUUUCGACGAGAGGAGAAGCAAGAAUCCUUUUUGAGUCCGCUUAUCGAUCAAUUCGCCAAGGAAGGUAAAGACAAGAAGGUUAUAUUCGAAGCGCGUUUCAGUAAGCCCAAUUGUAAACCCAAAUGGAUGUUGCGAAAAGAUGAACUUUUCACUGGCAGCAAAUAUAAAUUCAAGAAUGAGAAUGACACUUACCAGUUGAUUGUCAUGAACCCCAAAGUGGAAGAUGGCGGCAAGUAUACCAUAGAAAUCGGUGGCGUUUCCAGCACUGCAUUUUUGAACGUCGAAGAGGCUGAUCCUAGCUAUACAUUUACUAAACCGCUUAAGAAGAAGAUCGACGGAUUUACACAACAUGAGACAACUUUGGAGUGUGCCGUUAGCAGUAGCAUGGCGAAUGUCAGCUGGUUCAAAGAUAAUAAGAAAAUCGAGUCUGAUGAUUCACGUUAUCUAAUAUCGAAAGAUAUCAAUGGCAAUCUCAAGCUCAUCAUCAAAGAUUCCGUACUUGAAGACACUGGUCAAUACCGUUGUCAAUUGGAUAAGCAACCGGAUAAAACUGAAACGGCAGUUAAAAUUGUCGAAUAUCCAUAUAAAUUUGUGAAAGUACUAAAAUCGCUGCAAUGCAUUGAAAAGGACAAUAUAACGCUUGCGUGCGAAAUUGAUGAUGCUACCGGCGAAGUGCAAUGGUGGCGCGGCGAUGAGGAAAUCAAGGGUGAUAAACGUAUACAAAUCGUUAAAGAUGGCCGCAAACGCAAGCUUAUUAUCAAAGAUUGCAAGGUCAGUGAUGCUGGACAAUACAAAUGUACAACAAAUGCUGACAAAACUGAAGCUGAAAUCAUAAUCAACUAUCAAAAUCGUUUCAAUAAGAAGCUCAAAGACACAGACGCUGUGGAACGUGAGAAACUGGUGCUCGAUAUCGAAUUGCAAGAUCAAACUGCACCUUGCGAAUGGAAAAUCAAUGGUAAACCUAUCGAACCAAAUGAACGUAUUGAAAUUAAGAAUCUUGGCGGUGGCAAGCACCAACUCAUUUUCAAUAAUCUUGAACUUACUGAUGAGGGUGAAAUAACCUGUGAAUCUGGUAAAUUGUCUUCAAGUUGCAAACUAACAGUACGCAAAGGUGAAAGCCGACCAAACAUUGACUGUCCGGACGAAUUUGCUGGUCCAAUAAUUGCGCCUGUCGUACUCGAAGUGCCAUACAAAGUCAACGGUACAAGACAAACGCCCGUAGAGGCCAAAUUAGUCAAGGAUGGUAAACCAUUGCCUGUUAAAGAAGUUGAAGUGGCUGUAACUGAGGACAAAAUAACCUUCAAAGUUAAGAAACCAGCUCGGGAGCUUUCAGGUCCAUAUGAAAUCAAAUUAUCUAAUGGCCAAGGUGAAGAUGUUAAGAAUGUAACAGUUAUAUUCCAAGACGUACCGCAGCCACCUCGAAAUGUGGAUGUUAUUGAAGUUUUCCAGACAUCUUGCAAGGUGACUUUCGUUAAACCCGACGACGAUGGUGGUUCACCAAUUAUUAAAUAUGUCGUCGAACGCCAAGACUUGAGCAAAAAGCAAAGUUGGGAAGUUGUCGCUGAGGUUUUGCCACAAGAAAAACUCGCUAAGAAGAUUGAAGACCUAACGCCAAAGAGACAGUACAGAUUCCGUAUACGUGCUGUUAAUAAGAUCGGUCCAUCGGACCCUGCCCCUUUCAAAAAUAUUGUGUUAGCCAAAGAUCCAUGGGAUGAACCAGGCAAACCGAAAAAUGUUGAUCUUACCGAUUGGGAUAAGGAUCAUGCUGAUCUGAAAUGGGAUGCACCCGAUAGUGAUGGUGGUGAUCCAAUAACUGCUUAUAUAAUUGAAUAUAAAGAAAAAUUCUCCAAUGAUUGGGUAGCUGGUAAGGAAGUGCCCGGCGAUGCACGUGCGGGUACAGUGGAUGGACUAAAAGAAGGACAACAGUAUGAAUUCCGAAUCCGUGCUGUUAACAAGGCUGGUCCAGGUGAACCCAGUGACAAAACCAAAGCUAUAAUUGCUAAAUGUCGAUUUGUAAAGCCAUUCAUUGUUGGUGAUGGCCUGAAAAAUAUUGUAGUUAAAAGAGGUCAAACCAUACGUUUUGAUAUUAAAUAUGAUGGUGAACCAGAACCUGCAGCUAAAUGGUGCAAAAGUACACAAGAUUUGGUAUUCGAUGGGCAACGCAUUAUACUUGAUCAAAUGGAAAGAAAUUCAUGCAUUACAAUUAAAAAAGCAAUUCGUAAAGAUACUAGUUUGUACAAGAUAGUCCUGUCUAAUAGCUCUGGUACCAUUGAAAGCGAAGCACAGGUAACUGUGUUGGACAAACCAUUAGCUCCCGGCGGUCCAAUGGAACCUGAAGAAGUGCGAGCUGAUCAUAUCAAAAUGAAAUGGAAGCGUCCACAAGAUGAUGGUGGUUGCGAAAUAACUGGUUAUGCAUUGGAAAGAAUGGAUGAAGAAACAGGACGUUGGAUACCAGCGGGUGAAGUGGGCCCCGACGAGACAUCAUUCAAUUUUAAGGGACUUACACCUAAUAAAAAAUAUAAAUUCCGCGUCAAGGCGCUUAAUAAAGAGGGUGAAUCUGAGCCAUUAGAAACCAGCGAGCCUAUCCUUGCCAAGAAUCCUUACGAUCCGCCAAGUCCGCCUGGCAAACCAGAAAUUGAUGAUUACGACAAUAAGAGCGUUACACUCAAAUGGAAGCGUCCACCAUCGGAUGGUGGUAGACCAAUAUUGAAUUACAUCAUUGAAGUGAAAGACAAAUUCUCGCCAACGUGGAGUGAAAUAGCCAAAACUGAAGGCCCCACACCAGAAUGCUAUGUCGAUGGACUUAAGGAAAAAAUGGUAUACCAAUUUAGGGUACGUGCUGUUAAUAAAGCAGGCGCCUCCGAACCUUCCGAACCCACCGGCAAUCACUUAUGCAAACAUAGAAAUCUCAAACCACAAAUCGAUCGUUCAACAUUUAAGCGGGUCAUAAUCAAGACUGGCCGCACCCACAAAUGGUCAGUUGAUGUUAUUGGUGAACCAGUUCCAACUUUGCAUUGGAGUUGGCGCGAUGAUAUACCACUUUCCACCGGCGAUCGCAUUAAAAUUGAGAAUGUCGAUUAUCAUACCGACUUCGUAAUAACAAAUGUAGUGCGUAAAGACAGCGGUUUGUAUACCCUAAAAGCUGAAAAUCGCAAUGGUGUGGAUAAAGAGACAGUGGAGUUGGUUGUGCAUGGCAAACCAACAUCGCCGAAAGGACCGCUGACCGUAAGCGAUGUAACUGCGAACGGUUGCAAGUUGCAAUGGAAAAAGCCCGAAGAUGAUGGCGGUGUACCAAUUAAAGAGUAUGUUGUCGAAAAAAUGGACACAGCUACUGGCAAGUGGGUGCGCGUAGGACGCUCUCCUGGUGAAAAGGAGCCGCCCAGCUUUGAUGUGACUGGCUUAAAUCCGGGAUCCGAAUACAUGUUCCGUGUUUGCGCUGUUAACGAGGAAGGUGAAUCUGAACCGUUGACCACAUUGGUCGGCGUAGUUGCAAAAGAUCCAUACGACGAACCAAAUAAACCAGGAACUCCCGAAGUCACUGACUUCGACAACCAAAAUAUUUCCAUUAAGUGGACACCACCUAAAAAUGAUGGUGGUGCACCAAUCGAGAAAUAUAUAAUUGAGAAAAAGGAUAAAACAAAGCCCGAUUGGGAAAAGGCUAUUGAAGUUCCCGGAAAUCAAUUAGAUGCUUGCAUAGCUGGAUUACAAGAGUAUGGCGAAUAUCAAUUUAGAGUUAUUGCUAUAAAUAAGGCCGGUCCAUCGCCUCCUUCAGAUGCUAGCAAAGUUCAAGUUGCCAAAUAUAAGAAACUUAAACCAAGAAUCGAUCGGACAAAUCUGAAGCCACUCUUAAUACGUGCUGGCAAGCCUAUUAAAUAUGAUGUCAAUGUACGCGGUGAACCGCCACCGACCAUUGCUUGGUAUCAAAAUGACAAGGAAUUGAAACCUGAGGAGUUGCCUUCGAAUUAUGAGAUUAAAAACGUACCACAUAAUACCAAAAUAUCUAUCGUUGAAACGGAACGCAAGCACACUGGUACCUAUAAGAUACGUGCGGUAAAUGAGCACGGUGAGGAUGAAGCUGAUGUUGAAGUUAACAUCUUAGGACCACCAGCUAAACCGAAAGGGCCGCUUGAAGUUAAGGAUGUAACGAAAGAUAGUUGUAAACUGAAAUGGAAAAAACCAGAAGAUGAUGGGGGCAAGCCAAUUACAGCCUAUCAAGUUGAGAAGUUUGACAAGAAACAAGGUCGUUGGGUACCAGUUGGGCGCACCUCAGGCAAUGAUACCGAAAUCGAUGUCAAAGGCCUUCAAGAGGGCCAUGAAUAUCAAUUCCGGGUCAAGGCCAUCAAUGAGGAAGGUGAAUCAGAACCACUUGAAAGUGACGGUAGUAUUGUCGCUAAAGAUCCUUACACCGUUGCUGGCAAACCUAGCUUGCCAAAGAUUGAUGAUUAUAACGAACACAUGGUUAAACUAAAAUGGGAACCUCCCAGUGAUAAUGGAGGUGCGCCAAUCACGGGCUAUGUAAUUGAAAAGAAAGACAAAUUCUCCCCCGUUUGGGAUGAGGUGUUAGUUACAGAUACACCUAAUCCUGAGGCAACAGUUGAGGGCCUAGUUGAAGGCAACGUCUAUCAAUUCCGUGUACGUGCUGUAAAUAAAGCCGGUCCUGGCGAGCCUAGUGCUGCAACGGAACCUCACAUUGCUAAGCCGAGAAAUUUGAAACCUCACAUUAACCGUGACAAGAUGAAACCCAUUAAGGUGCGAGCAGGACAAACGGUUAAACUUGAUAUUGACGUUAAAGGUGAGCCAGCACCAACGCUUACAUGGACAUUAAAGGAGAAAGAACUAUCCAGUGAUAACCAAAUGCGUUUGGAAAAUGAGGACUAUAACACGAAACUAACGAUACUAGACACAACACGUGCCCAAACCGGCAUUUAUAAAUUGAAAGCUGAAAAUAGAAAUGGUGUCGAUGAAGCCGAAGUGGAAAUUAUUAUACUUGACAAACCCGCAAAACCAGAAGGACCACUGGAACCAUUUGACGUACAUAAGGAGGGCUGCAAAUUGAAAUGGAAGCAACCAAAGGAUGAUGGUGGCGUACCACUGACUGGUUAUGUAAUUGAAAAAAUGGACACAGCAGUUGGACGUUGGGUGCCAGCUGGCUCUGUAGAUCCUGAAAAGACAGAACAUGAAAUUAAGGGACUUGAGCCUAACCAUCGUUAUCAGUUCCGUGUAAAGGCAGUUAACGAAGAAGGUGAAUCAGAGCCUUUAGAAAAUGAGAAUAUUGUCGUGGCGAAGAAUCCAUUUGACGUGUCCGCACCACCUGGUUUACCAGAGUUGGAAGACUGGGACGAACAUCAUGUUAAACUAAAAUGGGAGCCACCAAUUCGCGAUGGCGGUGCGCCAAUUACCGGCUAUAUAAUUGAAAUGAUGGACAAGGACUCUGGUGAAUUUGUCAAAGCUGCGGAAGUUGACGGUCCAAUAUGUAAGGGCACAGUUAAAAAACUAGAUGAAGGACAGCAGUAUAAAUUUAGAGUACGUGCGGUAAAUAAAGCCGGUCCUUCAGAGCCAUCUGAACAAACAAAUUGGCAUACAGCGAAGCCACGAUUCCUAAAACCACAUAUUGAUCGCACAAAUUUGAAACCAGUUAUUGUGAAAGUUGGUCUAUCCAUAAGUUUAGAUAUUAAUGUUAAAGGUGAACCAGCGCCGAAAAUUGAAUGGUUCUUUAAAGACCAACCACUGGUAUCCGACGAAGAAGGUAUUAAGAUUGAUAGUGUUGACUACAAUACAAAAUUCUUUGUGAUGCGUGCUAAACGUCCACAAAGUGGCAAGUAUGUUAUAAAAGCCACAAAUGAAGUUGGCGAAGAUACUGCUGAACUAGAUGUUACUGUUUUGGGUAAGCCCGGAAAACCAAAAGGUCCACUACAAGUUAAUGACAUCACUAAACAUGGUUGUAAAUUGAAAUGGGAAAAACCAUUGGAUGAUGGUGGCGCUCCAAUCGAUUAUUAUGAAAUUGAAAAACUAGAUCCACAUACAGGUCAAUGGUUACCAUGUGGAAAGAGCACUGAACCCGAAGCCAAGAUAAUAGGUCUGCAAGAAGGUAAACCGUAUAAAUUCCGUGUAAAAGCUAUCAACAAGGAAGGUGAAUCGGAACCUUUAGAAACUGAAAAACCAAUUAUCGCGAAGAAUCCAUUUGAUGAACCAGACAAACCUGGCCGACCAGAGCCAACCAACUGGGAUAAAGAUUUUAUCGAUUUGGCGUGGGACCCACCAAGCAACGAUGGUGGUGCACCAAUUCAAAAGUAUAUUAUACAAAUGCACGACAAAUCUGGACGCGGCUGGGUUGACGCUGCUACGGUACCUGGAGAUCAUACCAAAGGUACGGUUACUAACGUAGAAGAAGGGCAUGAGUAUGAAUUCCGUAUUGUGGCAGUGAACAAAGCUGGUCCUAGUGAACCUAGCGAUGUUUCAAAAUCAGUUGUUGCCAAACCGCGAUUCCUUAAACCUCAUAUUGAUCGCAAAGCUUUACAAAAGAAAGUACUGCGUAGCGGACAAAUGUUACAUAUGGAAGCGGCUGUAAAAGCCGAACCACCCGCUAAAGUGACCUGGACCUACAAUGGUCAGGUGCUCAAAACAAACGAACGCAUUAAAAUUGAAAAUGAAGAUUAUAAAACUACAUUCAUUAUGCCAAAAGUUAGGCGUGCAGACAAAGGUAUCUAUAUUGUAACAGCUAAAAAUGAUUCCGGCACUGACACUGUUGAAGUGGAAUUAGAAGUACUAUGCAAGCCAGGUACUCCAAAGGGCCCGCUUGCUGUUUCUGAUGUUACUGCCGAAUCGGUUCAUUUGAAAUGGGACAAACCCGACGAUGAUGGUGGAGAACCAAUUGAACACUAUGUUGUUGAACGCAUGGAUACUGAAACUGGUCGUUGGGUACCAAUAUGCACAACUAAGUCACCAGAAGCCGAUGUAACUGGUUUGGUUGAAGGUAAACAAUACUUGUUCCGAGUGAAAGCUGUCAAUGCGGAGGGUGAUUCGGAACCUUUAGUCACCGAGACACCAACCACAGCUAAAAAUCCAUACGAUGCUGCUAAUGCACCAGGGAAACCACAAGUCACUGAUUGGUCUGCUAAUCAUGCUGAUUUAAGUUGGCGUCCCCCAGAGGAUGAUGGUGGUGCGCCGAUUACUGGUUAUGUAGUAGAAAAGAAAGAUAAUAACACCGGAAAAUGGCAAAAGAUUUUAGAAACGAACACACCCGACUGUAAAGCUCGAGUUCCAGAUUUAAUCGAAGGCACGAAAUACCAGUUCAGAGUAAAGGCCGUGAACAAGGCCGGGCAGAGUAAGCCUUCUGAAGCUUCUGAACAGAUGACGGCAAAGGACCGUUUUGCACCACCUAAAAUUGAUAGAACACACAUAAAGGACAUAACAAUCAAAGCUGGACAGCAUGUGCGUCUUGAUAUUAAAGUAUCGGGAGAACCUCCAGCAACUAAAACAUGGUUCCACAAUAAAGCUCGCAUUGAAGAUCAAACCGAUGAUAUAAAUAUCGACUUGGAGCAAUAUCGUACCAAAUUUUCUAUUCCUAUUGCGAAGCGUAAGAAUACUGGAAAAUAUACAAUCAAGGCUGAAAACGAUUCAGGUCAUGAUGAGGCUACAUUUGAAAUCACAGUUUUGGAUAAACCAGAUAAGCCCGAAGGACCAUUGCGUGUAUCAGAUGUACACAAAGAAGGUUGUAAAAUAAAAUGGAAUCCACCUUUAGAUGAUGGUGGUUUGCCAAUUGAAUACUAUGUCGUUGAGAAAAUGGAUGUGGGAUCAGGCCGUUGGUUACCGGCAGCACGAGUUAAAGAACCUUUUGCUGAGCUCAAUAAUUUAGAACCUGGUCAGGAAUAUAAAUUCCGCGUAGUGGCAGUAAAUACUGAGGGCGAAUCAGAACCCCUAGAUGGGGAGCAGUCAGUUAUCGCGAAGAAUCCAUUCGAUGAACCUGGCAAACCAAGUACUCCCGAAGCUUUUGACUGGGAUAAGGAUCAUGUAGAUUUGGUAUGGAAGCCACCACUAAAUGAUGGAGGCGCACCAAUUACUGGUUAUGUUAUUGAAAAACGGGAAAAAGGUUCUGAUCGCUGGAUCAAAGCAGCAGAAGUACCAGCCGGACCCAGUGUUGGUGAGUGUAAAGGCACUGUACCAAACCUUGACGAGAAUUGUGAAUAUGAAUUCCGCGUAAAAGCCGUAAACAAAGCUGGCCCUGGAGAGCCAUCUGAUGCAAGCAAGUCCGUAAUUACAAAACCAAGGAAAUUGGCUCCGAAAAUUGACCGCCGCCAUAUUCACACCUAUAAUGUGAAAGCCGGUGAACCAAUAUUUUUGGAUAUACAGGUUACGGGCGAACCCGCACCCGAUGUUACAUGGUCCCAAUCUGGCAAAUCUAUAAUAUCCACAUCGAAUAAGCGCAUUGAAAAUGUACCCUACAAUACAAAAUAUGUGAACGCCAGUCCAGAACGUAAAGACACUGGUUUAUAUAAAAUUGUUGCAACAAAUAGAUUUGGACAAGAUCAAGUUGAAUUCCAAAUCAAUAUAAUAACCAAACCUGGCAAACCCGAAGGCCCGCUGGAUGUUUCAAAUAUUCACAAGGAGGGUUGUAAGCUUAAGUGGAAUAAGCCUAAAGAUGAUGGCGGCGAACCUAUUGAAGGAUAUUUGGUCGAAAAAUUCGAUCCCGAUACUGGCAUUUGGUUGCCCGUGGGUAAAGCUGAUGGACCUGAGUUUGAAGUUGAGGGUUUGAUUCCUGGACAUGAGUAUAAGUUUAGAGUUAAAGCCGUGAACAAAGAAGGCGAAUCAGAACCACUAGAAACGUUUGGAUCUAUCAUAGCUAAGGAUCCUUUCGUAACGCCAUCACAACCUGGUGCACCAGAACCAAAAGAUUGGACAGCAAACAAGAUUGAACUACUGUGGCAGGAACCGGCAUCUGAUGGCGGUUCUCCAAUAACCGGUUAUAUUAUAGAAAUGAAAGAUAAAUACAGCCCAAUGUGGGAAAAGGCUUUGGAAACAAGCGAUCCUAAACCUACAGCCACCAUUCACGGUUUAGUUGAAGGCAAUGAAUACCAAUUCAGAGUCUUGGCGAUAAAUAAAGCAGGCCCUUCAGAAGCAUCUGAUGCUAGUAAACCGUUCACUGCUAAACCACGUUUCCUCGCUCCGAAAAUUGACCGACGUAAUUUACGUGACGUAACCAUAUCUGCUGGCGCUCCGCUGAAAUUCGACGCUGUUAUUACAGGCGAACCAGCACCUAAAGUUGAAUGGCGUUUCAACAACUGUCCCUUGCAAUCCAGCAAUACCGUUACAAUUGAAAGUCCGGAUUAUUAUACCAAAAUUGUUGUUAGACCCACAACACGUGGAGAUUCUGGCGAAUAUGUUGUAACAGCCAAUAACAGCUCCGGCAAAGAUAGUGUUCUUAUAAAUGUCGUUAUAACAGACAAACCCACUCCACCACAAGGUCCACUGCAAAUUUCUGAUGUCCACAAAGAAGGCUGUCACCUCAAAUGGAAGCGUCCACUUGAUGAUGGAGGUACCCCCAUUGAAUAUUUCCAAGUUGAAAAACUUGAUAUAAAAACUAGUUGUUGGGUACCUGUGUGUCGUUCUAAUGAGCCGCAAUCAAAUGUUACUGGACUGGAACCAGGCGGCGAAUACAAAUUCCGUGUGUCGGCUGUAAAUUCCGAGGGCGAAUCAGCACCGCUGAUAGGCGAUGAGUCCAUAAUAGCCAAAAAUCCAUUCGAUGAACCAGGAAAGCCACAAAAUCUUCGACCCACUGACUGGGAUAAGGAUCACAUUGAUUUAGCUUGGAUUCCACCACUAAGUGACGGUGGCUCUCCCAUUACGUGCUAUAUCGUGGAAAAGAAGGACAAGUAUGGGCAAUGGGAGAAAGCACUUGAAGUGCCGGCUGACCAAUGCAAAGCAACUGUACCUGACUUAAUAGAGGGUCAAGCCUACGAGUUCCGCGUAUCCGCUGUAAAUGCCGGUGGUAUUGGUGAACCAUCUGAUGCUACUGCACCAAUUAUAGCGAAACCCCGUAACAAGGCACCACUAAUUGAUCGUACAAACCUAAUUGAAGUUCGUAUAAAAGCUGGUCAACCAUUCGCUUUUGAUGUAAAAGUAUCUGGUGAACCAGCCCCACAAACUAAGUGGUUGCUAAAAAAACGUGAGGUAACUUCAAAGGAUAAUGUGAAAGUCACGCACAGUGACUACAAUACCAAACUAAAAGUUUCAAAUGCAACACGCGCAGAGUCUGGUGUAUACACCAUACAUGCUGAGAAUGCUUCUGGUGAAGAUUCGGCAGAUGUUAAGGUUAUCGUAAUCGAUAAACCGUCUCCACCUAAUGGUCCUUUGAAAGUCAGCGAUGUUCACGCAAAGGGUUGCACACUUAAUUGGAACCCACCAGAUGAUGAUGGUGGUCAACCAAUUGACUCUUACGUUAUUGAAAAACUUGACGAAAAUACAGGUCGUUGGGUACCAGCUGGCGAAACUGAUGGACCAGAAACUAAAUUCAAUGUACAAGGUUUGACACCAGGACAUAAUUAUAAAUUCCGUGUUCGUGCUAAAAACCGACAGGGAGUCUCAGAUCCUCUUACUACACCACAUUCUACAGAAGCGAGGAAUCCCUACGACGAACCAACUAAGCCAGGCACACCUGUCAUUAAAGAUUAUGAUAAGGACUUCGUUGAUUUGGAAUGGACAAGGCCGGAAAGUGACGGUGGAUCUCCAAUUUCAGGAUAUGUUAUUGAGAAACGCGAUAAAUAUUCACCCGAUUGGGAAGAAGUCGCUGUUGUAUCAGAUGAUGUUUGCAAUGGUCAUGUACCAAAUUUGACUGAAGGUGUUAAAUAUGAAUUCCGUGUACGUGCUAUUAAUAAGGCAGGAAAGGGUGAACCUAGCGAUCCAACAGCACCGCACCUUGCACGAAGCAAGAAUGUUCCACCUAAAAUUGACCGUAACUAUAUGUUAGACAUUAAAGUACGUGCCGGUCAAGCAUUUGAAUUUGAUGUGCCAGUAAUUGGCGAACCAGUUCCUAGUAAAGAAUGGACGCAUGAAGGAAAUGUGGUUCUCAAUAGUGAUCGUGUAAAAAUCGUACAUGAAGAUUACCGCACGAAGAUUCGGGUAGUAGACUCGAAACGUGUCGAUACUGGUGUUUAUACCUUAGCUGCUCGCAAUAUCAAUGGCAUGGAUCGAGCAACAGUUAAGGUAACAGUAUUGGACACUCCUGCACCACCCGAAGGUCCUUUACGACCACAAGAUGUUACCAAGAAUUCAAUAACGCUAAGUUGGCGACCACCUAAAGAUGAUGGCGGCUCUGAAAUUACCCAUUACGUUGUAGAGAAAAUGGAUGCUGCAGCAAUGCGUUGGAUACCAGUUGGUGAAACUCCAGAUCUUCAAAUUCGCGCAGACAAUUUAAUUGAGGAUCACGAUUAUAAUUUCCGCGUACGCGCUGUUAAUAAACAAGGUGAAUCUCUGCCGUUGGCAACCACACAGUCUAUCACAGCUAAAGAUCCAUUUUCACGGCCUGAUAAACCGGGACAACCACAACCAGUUGAUUGGGGUAAAGAUUUUGUUGAGCUUGAAUGGUCUGCUCCAAAACGAGAUGGUGGAUCACCGAUUACAGGGUAUAUUAUUGAAAAGCGACCAAAGUUCGGACAAUGGGAAAAGGCAGCAGAUAUUCCGUCCAGUGAAACUAAAGCUUUGAUACCUGAUCUGACCGAAAAGGGCGAAUAUGAAUUCCGUGUAAUUGCCGUAAAUAAAGCUGGUCGUAGUGACCCAUCCGAUGCAUCAGUACUAGUAACAUGCAAACCCAGAUUCUUGGCUCCUUAUUUCGACAAAUCGCUAUUGGAAGAUAUUACUGUCCAUGCAGGCAAACGACUGGGUUGGUCUCUGCCUAUUGAAGCUUCUCCAAGGCCAACUGUAAAAUGGUCAUUCAAUGGUGUUGAAAUACAACCGAAUCCCCGCUUAGAUAUGAGUCUUUUCCAAAAUGAAUUGACAUUUGAGAUUUCCUCCGCUCUGCGAACAGAUGAAGGUCGUUACACUUUAUCACUGAAAAAUGAGCACGGUUCCUUUGAAGCAUCCGCCCAUGCAACUGUUUUAGAUCGUCCCAGUCCACCGGUUGGUCCACUGCAAGUGUCUAAUAUAACCAAAGAAGGAUGUCACUUGUCUUGGGGUGUACCGAAAGAUGAUGGCGGAUCACCAAUUUUACAUUAUAUUAUUGAGAAAAUGGACCUUUCUCGCGGUACAUGGUCAGAUGCAGGUAUGAGUACUCAUCCUGUACAUGAUGUAACACGCUUAACACAUCGUAAAGAAUAUAUAUUCCGUGUAAAAGCAGUUAAUGCAAUCGGUGAAUCAGAACCUUUGGAAAUACCAAAUAGUAUUAUAGCCAAAAAUGAAUGCGAUGAACCGGAUUCCCCAGGACGUCCAAUGAUUACCGAUUGGGAUCGCGAUCACGUUGACCUACAAUGGACGCCUCCGAAGUCAGAUGGAGGUGCACCGAUAACUGAGUAUAUUAUUCAAAAGAAAGAGAAGGGUAGCCCGUACUGGGUGAAUACACAGCAUGUGCCAGCAGACAAGACAGCCGCAUCAGUAACUGGUUUGACAGAACGGCAGGAAUAUGAAUUCCGCGUGAUAGCAGUUAAUAAAGCAGGACAGUCAGAACCUUCAGAACCAUCAGAUCUUGUUAUGGCUAAAGCUCGUUAUCUUGCACCCAAAAUUAUAACCCCACUUCAAGAUAUUAGAAUAAAAUCUGGUCUUAUAUUCCACCUUGAUAUUGACUUUAUUGGCGAACCUGUACCAGAAGUUAUAUGGAAUCAAAACAAUAUUACAUUAACCUCCAAUGAGCGCUCAACCAUUACCUCUGUUGGUCAUCACACUGUUGUACAUAUUGUUAAUUGUCAACGUAACAACUCAGGCACAUAUCAUUUACUGAUUCGUAAUGACUCGGGAAUCGAUGAAGGAAGCUUCCAGUUAGUUGUUUUAGACAGACCGGGACCACCAGUAGGCCCGUUGGAAUAUGAAGAAGUUACUGCUAAUUCUGCAACUAUAUCAUGGAAACCGCCGAUUGACAAUGGUGGUUCAGAAAUUUCAUCAUAUGUUAUUGAAAAACGCGAUCUCACUCACGGAGGCGGUUGGGUGCCCGCUGUAACUUAUGUUAAUGCAAAAUAUAAUCAUGCCGUCGUACCUCGACUGCUUGAAGGCACCAAAUAUGAGUUCCGCGUUAUGGCUGAAAACUUACAAGGGCGUUCAGAUCCAUUAAAUAGUGAUGGACCUAUUGUAGCUAAAAACCAAUACACAGUUCCUGGUAUACCAAGUAAGCCAGAACUUACCGACAGUGAAAAAACCCAUAUCACAUUCAAAUGGAAGCCGCCAAUUAGUAACGGUGGAUCGCCUGUUUUGGGUUAUGACAUUGAGCGUCGCGAUUUGACAACCGGUCGUUGGGUUCGCAUUAAUGCUGAGCCAGUACCUAAUACGGAAUAUACAGACGAACGGGUAAAUCCUGAUCACCAAUAUCAGUAUCGUGUAUCGGCUGUGAAUGCAGCAGGCAAUGGAAAGUCAUCGGAACCUUCAAAUACCUUCAGCGCACGCCCUAUGCGGGAAAAACCAAAAUUACAUCUCGAUGGUCUAGUUGGCCGAAAGGUAAAAGUCCGUGCUGGUGAACCUGUUAACCUUAAUAUACCCAUAUCAGGUGCACCGACACCAACCAUCGAAUGGAAACGCGGUAACCUCAAAGUGCCCGAAACAAACAAGAUUUCUUAUAAUGUUAACUCGGAACGUACUAUCUUCCGUAUUGAUGAUUCCACUAGGCAGGAUGCUGGUGUGUAUACGGUGUCUGCUGAGAAUGAAUUCGGAAAGGAUUCUGCAGACAUUGAGAUUAUAGUCGUUGACAAACCAAGUCCACCUCAAGGACCACUUCAUUAUACUGAGGUUGCUCCAGACCACAUUAGUUUAGAAUGGAAUCCACCUAAAGAUAAUGGUGGCAGUGAUAUCACUGGAUAUAUUAUUGAAUUCAGUGAAUUCGGUGUAGACAAUUGGCGUCCAGUGCCUGGUUACUGUCCAAAGACAAACUACACAGUUAAAAAUUUGAUAGAAGGUAAAAAGUAUGUUUUCCGUGUCAUGGCUGAAAAUAUUUAUGGAAUUUCUGAGCCAUUAGAGGGCAAACCGGUUAUAGCUAAAUCUCCGUUCGAUCCACCAGAUGCGCCCAACAAUGUGCGAGUCGCUGCCUAUUCACCAAGUUCCGCCAGUUUGGAAUGGCAGCCACCAGAUUCUUGUGGUGGUAAGCCUAUCACUGGAUACAUUGUAGAACGCAGAGAACGAGGAGGCGAAUGGAUUAAAUGCAAUAAUUAUCCCACACCCAACACUAGCUAUACAGUACAGGAUUUACGCGAAGGUAAUCGUUAUGAGUUCCGCGUGACAGCCGUAAAUGAAGCCGGUCCUGGAAAACCGUCGAAACCAACAGAACCAAUGACUGCUCAACUGCAACGAUAUAAACCUGACGCACCUGAGCCACCAAAAGCGGAUCGCAUUACUAAAGAUGGCGUCACACUUUCAUGGAGGCCACCACGAUUCGAUGGUAAAUCGAAAAUUAAAGGCUACUAUCUCGAAGUACGGCCUAAGGACUCAAAGAACUGGGUACCAGUCAACGAACUGCCAAUCAGUGAUACUGUUUAUCAUGUACCUAAUCUAGUGGAAGGAAAUUCAUACUCAUUCCGAGUAUUUGCGGAAAAUGAUGUCGGACGUUCCGAUCCUUCCAAACCAUCGCCGUUAAUUGUUAUUGAAGAACAACCAAAUAAACCACAUAUGGAUCUUGGAGGUGUACGUGACAUUGUUUGUCGCGCUGGUGACGAUUUCUCUAUUCAUAUUCCAUACACUGGUUUCCCUCGACCCACUGCACAUUGGUAUUCAAACGACAUGAUUGUAGAAGAUGAUGGCCGUCGAAUAUUCCACCAUUUGACCGACGACGCUGCAUCGUUUGUUGUGAAGAAUUCCAAACGCUCUGAUUCUGGACAAUAUAGAUUACAAUUGAAAAAUCCUUCUGGUUUUGAUACGGCUACGAUUAAUGUAAAAGUAUUAGAUAGGCCUAAACCUCCAACAAACCUUUGUGCUGAUGAAUUUGCAGGUGAUGCGUUAACACUAUAUUGGACCCCACCUAAAGAUGAUGGUGGUUCUUCCAUUACCAAUUACAUUAUUGAAAAGAAGGAAAAAUCAUCCAGCACAUGGGCUAAAGUAAAUAGCUACUGCACUGUACCAUUUUUACGCAUACGCAAUUUGACCCUAGGUAAAGACUAUGAUUUCCGAGUUUACGCAGAAAAUAAAUAUGGUGUAUCCGAACCGGCUACAACAUCAGAACCCAUUCGUGCACGCCAUCCAUUCGAUGUGCCCAAUGCACCUGGUAUACCACGGGGCAUUGACUCAAGUGAAGAUAGUAUUACAAUAACCUGGACCAAACCGAGACACGAUGGUGGUUCACCUAUUACUGGCUAUGUUAUUGAGAAACGGUUAAUAAGCGAAGAGAAAUGGACUAAAGCCAUACACGCACAUUGUCCAGAUUUAACUUGUAGAAUACCAAACCUAAUUGAGAAUGGGGAAUAUGAAUUCCGAGUUGCUGCUGUUAAUGCUGCUGGGCAAUCGCCUUACAGUGCUUCUAGUGACCCCAUUUAUUGUCGUCGUCCACCACAUGCACCAAAGAUAACGUCUGAUUUGUCAAUAAGAGAUAUUACAGUUAUUGCUGGUGAAGAAUUCCGCAUAACUGUACCAUACACCGCCAAUCCGCGUGCUACAUCUGCAUGGACAAUAAAUGGCCAAGAAGUUAUCCAGGAUGACCGUAUACGGUUUAUCACAGAUGAUAAUAGUACUGUUUAUUAUAAUAAAUCUGCUAAGCGCUCGGAGACUGGUUCAUAUUCGAUUACCCUAACUAAUAGUAACGGUUCUGACAGUGCAUCUUGUCAUGUCACAGUGGUUGAUAAACCUAGUCCACCACAAGGACCCUUAUCAGUCUUUGAUAUAACACCAGACACAUGUACAUUGGCUUGGAAGACACCAUUAGAUGAUGGUGGAUCGCCUAUAACUAAUUACGUGGUCGAAAAGCUAGAUAACAGUGGAACGUGGACAAAGGUUAGCAGUUUUAUUCGUAACACCCAUUACGAUGUUAUGGGCUUAGAGCCAAAUCGCAAAUACCAUUUCCGUGUACGUGCGGAAAAUCAAUAUGGACUCUCUGAUCCACUUGAAUUAGACGAUCCAGUUGUGGCUAAAUAUCAAUUCACAGUGCCAGAUGCACCAGGUCAGCCUAAAGUUAUCGAUUGGGACUCUGGAAAUGUUACUCUUAUAUGGGCUCGCCCAUCUAGUGACGGUGGUUCACGUAUUCAGGGGUAUCAAAUUGAAUACCGUGAUAUUGUCAAUGAAUCGUCAUGGAAUACUUAUGAAUACUUAAUUAAAGAUACAAAGUAUCAACUUUAUAAUCUCACAAAUGGCUGCGAGUAUGAAUUCCGUAUAAAGGCUAAGAAUGCCGCUGGAUUCAGUAAGCCAUCACCACCAUCUACCAAAUUCAAAUUGAAGGGCAAAUUCUCAGUGCCUUCACCACCAGGUACACCACAGGUUACGAAAGUCGGUAAAAACUAUGUUGAUCUCAAAUGGGAAAAACCAACUAGCGAUGGUGGUUCUCGAAUUACAGGAUAUAUUAUUGAACGUCGUGAUAUUGGUGGUGCAGUUUGGGUGAAAUGCAACGACUACAAUGUUAUGGACACCGAAUAUACAGUACUCAACUUAAUUGAAAUGGGUGAUUAUGAAUUCCGUAUUUUCGCAGUGAAUGCAGCAGGUCGCUCUGAGCCGAGCUCUUGCACCAUGCCCAUUAAGGUAUGUGAAGUAAUUGGUGGUGAAAAACCAGAAUGGGUGACUCGUUUACAUGAUCGUGUUGCGCCAUGUGGUAAAGAUUUCACAUUGGAAUGCGAGGCCACGGGGAAGCCCCUACCAAAUGCCAGGUGGCUACGAAAUGGAAAAGAAAUUCAAAUGGGCGGCGGCCGCAUUGUAUCUGAAAGUAAAGAUGGUAAGUUCCGUUUACAUAUUUCUAAUGUACAAUCCGGAGAUGAUGGUGACUACACUUGCGAAGCAUUUAAUUCUCUUGGUGUCGUGCAUACAACUGGUCAUUUGAAGAUUGGUUCCCCGCCAGUUAUCACACGUUGCCCCAGCGAACUACUGCUCCCUGAAGGUGAUAAUACGAAAAUUAAGAUCUAUUAUAAUGGUGAUCAGCCAAUGAAUGUCAGUGUUAGCAGAAACAAUGAGACUGUUACGGAAAAAGAUGAACCACACAUCAAAUGUACUGUAUUCGAUGAUUAUGUUACAGUCUUUAUACGUGAUAUUGUUAAAACUGAUUCUGGACUUUAUCAAAUUAAAUUCGAAAAUGAAUCUGGCAUUGCAACAGGUCAAUUUGAUGUCCGUAUUACCGGAUUACCUUCGGCUCCAGUUGGUCCAAUGGGUGUGUCUCAUAUCAACAAACAUUCUUGCACGUUAUCAUGGCGUCCACCAUCCUACAAUGGCGGUCUACGUAUAACACACUACGUAGUUGAACGUAAGGAUGUGACUUCACCACACUGGAUUACUGUAUCCAGCUUCUGUAAAGACUUAUCAUUCAAUGUGCAAGGACUUAUCGAAAAUCAAGACUAUAUCUUCCGUGUCAUGGCAGUUAAUGAUAAUGGUAUGGGACCGUCAUUGGAAGGCUUGAAUCCUAUUCGAGCAAAGGCACCCAUUGACCCGCCUUCAUCACCUGGAAAACCAUCCAUAACAGAAGUAGGCGGCGAUUUUGUGCAUUUAGAAUGGACGAAACCAGAAUCGGAUGGUGGUGCGCAUAUACAAGGCUAUUGGGUUGAUAAGCGGGAGGUUGGUAGCAGCACAUGGCAACGUGUUAACGUUACCAUUUGCCUUACCAACCAAAUAAACUGUUCCAAUCUAAUAGAAGGUCGUCAAUACGAAUUCAGGGUUUUCGCACAAAACGAAGCUGGCUUGUCGAAGGAAUCAUCUAAUUCAACUGCUGUUAAAGUAAUAGAUCCACAGGCUGCUACUCCACCAGUUAUUGUUAAACCACUCGGCGAUGCCACGUGCAUACAAAAUCACAAUGCCCAAUUUACCUGCACAAUUACUGGUCUACCGCGUCCAGUUAUUACAUGGUACAAGGGAGCACGUGAAAUUACAAAUGGUGCGCGCUAUCAUAUGUAUGCCGAAAGCGACAACUAUUUUCUCAAUAUCACAGAUGUCUUUGGUGAGGACGCAGACGAAUAUAUUUGUCGUGCUGUCAAUAAGGCUGGUGCUAAAUCAACACGAGCUGCCUUGGCCAUUCUGACCGCUCCAAAAUUGAAUGUUCCACCCCGUUUCCGCGAUACUGCUUACUUCGACAAGGGUGAAAAUGUUGUUAUAAAAAUACCAUUCACUGGCUUUAGAAAGCCUAGAAUUACCUGGAUACGUGAAGGUGAAACAAUUGAAUCUGGUGGACAUUACACCGUAGAAACCAAGGAGCGCCAUGCAGUCUUAAUUAUACGAGACGGUUCGAAAUUGGACUCUGGUCCGUAUGUCAUAACUGCCGAAAAUGAUCUCGGCUCCGAUACAGCCACAAUUAGAAUCCAAAUUAGUGAUCGCCCAGAUCCCCCACGUUUCCCAUUAAUUGAAAACAUCAGCACUGAAUCAUUAUCGCUGAGCUGGAAGGCUCCAGUUUGGGAUGGCGGUAGCCAAAUAACUAGCUACUUAGUAGAGAAACGCGAACAUCCAAUGUCAUCAUGGAUACGUGUCGGUAACACACGCUUGACAUCUAUGGCUGUAACUGGUUUAACUCCAGGCAAGGAAUAUGAAUUCCGUGUUUAUGCCGACAAUGUUUAUGGUCGUUCAGAUCCAUCUGAAAUCAGCACUUUGAUUAAAACAAGAGACAUUAUCAAGAAGAAGCCAACUGAAAGGCGUUGGGAGAUCGAUGAGCAAGGUAGAAAAGUACGUGGGAAAGCGGACGGACCAAUUAAAGAUUACGACUCCUAUGUCUUUGACAUAUAUUCGAAGUUUGUACCACAGCCAGUCGAAAUCUCACAUGACAGCGUCUAUGAUAAAUAUGAUAUACUAGAGGAAAUUGGCGCUGGUGCAUUUGGUGUCGUACAUAGAUGUCGCGAAAGGAGUACCGGGAACAUAUUUGCCGCCAAGUUCAUUCCUGUAUCACAUGCAGUAGAAAAGGAUCUAAUUAGACGCGAAAUUGAUGUGAUGAAUCAAUUGCAUCACCAGAAAUUAAUCAACCUACACGAUGCAUUUGAAGAUGAUGAUGAGAUGGUGCUUAUUUUAGAAUUCCUAUCUGGUGGUGAGCUAUUCGAGCGUAUUACAACCGAGGGUUACCGCAUGACUGAAGCGGAAGUAAUCAACUACAUGCGGCAAAUUUGCGAAGGCAUACGACAUAUGCACGAAAAGAAUAUUAUUCAUUUGGACAUUAAGCCAGAGAAUAUCAUGUGUCAUACUCGUACUAGUACGAAUGUAAAACUGAUUGACUUCGGUUUGGCUACCCGUUUGGAUCCAAAUGAAGUAGUUAAAAUAACAACUGGCACAGCUGAAUUUGCAGCACCGGAAAUUGUUAAUCGCGAACCAGUUGGUUUCUAUACAGAUAUGUGGGCCACAGGCGUACUUGCUUAUGUGCUUUUGAGUGGAUUGUCACCAUUUGCUGGCGAUAACGAUAUCCAAACUCUAAAGAAUGUUAAAGCCUGUGACUGGGACUUUGAUGCGGAUGCUUUCCGGCACAUAUCUGAUGAAGCUAAGGACUUUAUUAGGAAGCUCCUACUUGCAAAUAAAGAAAAACGUAUGACUGCCCAUGAGUGCCUAUUGCAUCCAUGGCUUAGCGGCGAUCAUAGUGAUCGCUCGGAGCAAAUAUCACGUGAUCGCUACCUUGCAUUCCGUGAUAAACUACGGAAGAAAUAUGAAGAUUUUAAUAAAUAUUUACUGCCAAUGGGACGUUUAUCUGAAUAUUCUUCAUUGCGUAAAUUACUUAUGGAAAAAUAUAAAAUGCACGAAACAUCCUUCGAUCGUCGACAAGCGGCACCACGAUUCGUCAUCCGACCAUCAUCACAAUUCUGCUAUGAAGGUCAAAGCGUUAAGUUCUAUUGCCGUUGCAUAGCUGGCGCUACACCGACUUUAACAUGGUCUCACAAUAAUGUAGAACUCCGGCAAAGUGUUAAAUUUAUGAAACGUUAUGCCGGCGAUGAUUACUACUUUAUUAUAAAUCGCGUCAGAUUGGAUGACAGAGGCGAAUAUAUUAUUCGUGCAGAAAACCACUAUGGCUCCCGCGAGGAAGUCGUAUUCUUGAACGUACAUCCACUGCCAAAGGAACAACCUCGUUACCGUAGCGAAUCAACACCCGUGCGUCGACGUGAUCCACUACCAUAUACUUUCUGGCAAGAAGAAUCAGAAUCGGCACCCAGCUUUACAUUCCUCCUACGUCCGCGUGUUAUGCAGGCGCGCGACACAUGUAAACUAUUAUGUUGUCUCAGUGGUAAACCCGUGCCAACUGUUAAAUGGUAUAAGGAUGGAAGAGAACUCAGCAAAUACGAAUACUCAAUGUCAGCUUCCGAUGGCGUUGUAACCAUGGAAAUCAUUGAUUGUAAACCCUCAGAUUCCGGCAAAUACAGUUGCAAGGCAACCAAUUGUCAUGGUACCGAUGAAACCGAAUGCGUAGUAAUCGUUGAGGGAGAGUGGGUAACACCUGAGCAGGCAGAACUUGCUCACAAUUUACUACAUUCAGGAGAUCGUAAGUAUAUAGAACACCCACUAAAGCCUGCGCCGCCACCUAUCAACACGACUCGUCGUUUCACAUCCAGCUCCUCGUCAACACAACAACAAAGUUCAAAUUACUCCUCUUCAAUAAAUCAACAGAGUUCAAAUUACUCCUCUUCAACAAAUCAACAGAGUUUAAAUUACUCUUCCUCCACCAACCAGACUAACAUUCACAAUUCAAGCUCCUCCAACUCCACCAGUACCAGCAAUAAAAAGAAAUAUAACAGCAAUAGCUUAAAUACGUUAGGAAGUCCAUCUAGAUCCCGCAGCGCUACCAAAGAACUAAUUUUGCCUCCUGAUGAUGCACUUAUGUGUAAACCUGAUUUCACGAAGUCGCUACAAGACCUUACCAUAAAUGAUGGCGAUAUAUUGCUUUUGACUUGCCAUGUUAAAGGCGAUCCAGAGCCACAGGUGACGUGGGCGAAGAAUGGCAAACUGAUUUCAUCAUCCGAUAUUAUAGACUUAAAAUACAAAAAUGGAAUCGCAACGCUCACGAUACAUGAAGUUUUCCCCGAAGAUGAAGGCGUAUUCACAUGUACUGCUACGAACUCGAUUAGCGCUGUUGAAACGAAAUGCAAAUUAACUGUUAAGCCGCUGGGUAAAAAUGCCAGUAAAAGGCAAACAAGUAGCUCCAAGCCACCAAAAAUUGUUAGCCACCUAGAGUCACGUUUUGUGAAGGACGGUGAGAUGGUGACGCUAGCAUGCCGUAUUAUUGGAGCCGAUCAUUUCGACGUGGUUUGGCUACACAACAACAAGGAGAUUAAACCAAGCAAAGACUUCCAAUACACCAAUGAGGCUAAUAUUUAUAAAUUGCAAAUCGCCGAAAUAUUCCCAGAAGACGGCGGUACUUAUACUUGCGAGGCAUUCAACGAUGUCGGUGAAUCGUUCAGCACUUGCACCAUUAACGUACUCGUACCUGGUGAAGAGCCCAAGCAACCCAUAUUCACAAAGUUUCCAAGUUCUGUAACUGUUGCGGAUGGUGAAAGAUGUCAAUUUGUUUGUGAGACCCAGGAGGAGCCACUACAGAUCACAUGGCUAAAGGAUAGCAAGCCAAUCAAUGAGAACAGCACAAAAUAUAGCUUCAUCCGAGAUGGCAAUAAUUACACUUUUGUUAUACAGAAUUGCUCAAUGGAUGACGUGGGUCAAUAUCAAGCAAAGGCUGUUGGUAAAAAGAGUGAAACUUUAAGUGCUUUCUCUAUUAAUAUCGACUGAAGAAAAACAAUAAAACAAUGUAACUAAGUACUUAGUGUUAGAAAAAAACGAAAAUUAAAAAUAUAAACCGAAAUGUUAGUUCAAAUAAGUAUAUUUAUAAUUGAAACCUCUGUAGGCAUAGGGGCAGAAAAUGGCAUAAUUGAUCGCUCUCUUUCUCCAACUAUCGAAACCGCAAUGUUAAAAAAAAUCCCCUAAUUUUUACACAAUAUGCAAUGUCUAUGCCUAUGCCUAAGAUGCAUAUUUGUAGCAUGUAUAAAAAAUAUGCAUUUUUGUAUAUACAUAUACUUUAACGUAAAUAUAUCUUGGUGAUGAUGUGAACUAGCACUGCUCCGAAAAAUCAAAUUAUUAUGUCCUUAUAUAUACAUUCAUAUAUAAAUAGCACAAUAAUGAUUUAACGAUUUUAAAACUAAUUAUACACUGCCCUAUUCGAAAACGGAUUAAUUAUAUCUUUGGCAUCCUCGAAACGAAAAAAACAAAAUAUUAUGGCAAUAAAAACCUAACUGCGCAAAAAUUGUAUUAAUCGGCGUAACAUAUUACCUACAUUAAAUUUAAUAUACAUAUAUAUAUAUAUAUAUAUAUAUAUACAACAA